GACGAACACCUCCCGCAACGGCUGCCUGACCUCUCUUCUGGCCGACGCAUCUCUCAGCUUGCUUGUGGUGGUGCCCAUGUUAUUGCCUUGUCUGGUAAUUUCACAUAAGAGGCCAUUUAAGCCAUUUACAUCAUCAUGCCUUUCUGAUAUGCUCGGAGUUUUUGUCUGUUCUUUCUGGUCGCGUUAAGGUCCAAAACGUGCUCAUUGCUCACAUAAAGUCUGGAAUUUCACCUGUAACAGAUACGGUUAUGGCUUUCUAGGAUUCUGAAGUGCGAUAUUAUUAAUUUACUCUACAAAUCUUUUUAAUAUUUCUAAUUUGAGGUUGUUCUUUUCCUUUUUAAUGAAUGAGAGCAUGCGUAUGGAAAUGGAAAAUCGAGGGUGAUCACAAUUUUGAAUUUGUGGUAAAUUCACUGUAAACACUUGAUAUUGAUGCAAAGGAAAAGCAACCCCUGCUAAUUAUAUGGAGCUAAUAACCCGGGAAAUCAAUACAAUGGGUGUACAAGACAGCAUAAUGCUUAGCAAAGAAAAAGUAUACGGAUUAGCUCAUCUUCCCGGCUGGUGCCCACCAAAGAAAAAUGUGGUGAUGUAAUGACCUGGGGAAGGGGCACAUCUGGUCAACUUGGCCAUGGAGAGUUGGAGAGUUGCUUACUACCAAAGCCUGUAAAGUUUUUGGAAAAUUUUACUACCUCUUAUGUUUCUGCUGGAUGGAAUCACUCAGGGUUUGUUUCAGAUACCGGAAAACUUUUCACUUGUGGAGAUGGCUCAUUUGGGCAGCUUGGGCAUGGAGAUUAUCAGUCACAUUGUUCUCCUGUAGAAGUCUUAUAUUUUGCUUUUAAGCAUGUUGAACAAAUAGCAUGUGGCAUGCGUCAUUCGCUUGUUUUAUUAAAAGGUUCUUCAGAAGAUCCAGUUUAUGGAUUUGGUUCAGGGAAACGUGGCCAAUUGGGUGUUUCCAAGGAUCGUAUCAGAUCAUUUGCUGUUCCCCAAGUUAUUUUUGGACUUGGAGGUAUUAAGGUCAUCUCCAUUAGUGCAAAUGGAGAUCAUAGUGCAGCAUUGUCUGCCAACGGGCAACUGUACACCUGGGGCAGAGGAUUUGGUGGCACUUCAGAUAUUCACCUCCCUCAGACUUUACCUUCACCUUUGAGAUUCUCUCAAGUUGCUCUUGGAUGGAAUCAUGCUCUAUUAUUAACAGGUGAAGGAGAAGUGCUAAUGCUAGGUGGGAACCAUCAUGGGAUGCUUAGUGAUCCUCAGACAAGCAGGCAGCAGCAUUCACCUGUUCUUGACAGUUCGAGUGUUGGCUCAGCUGAAGAUUCUAUGGGACUCAUUCUGGCUAAGGUCUGUGGUCUUGACGGGACAAGGGUCUUAGAAAUUGCAGCAGGAGCAGAGCACUCCGUUCUAGUAACAGAGAAUGGAGUGGUAAUGACAUGGGGCUGGGGUGAGCAUGGGCAAUUGGGAUUGGGGAAUACGUUUGAUCAAACCAGCCCUCAGAUGGUAAAACUAAGUGAUGGUCACAACCGAUUCCGUGUUUACUGUGGAAGCGGGUUUACAUAUGCCUACAGAAUUCUGUUGUCGUAACUCCAACUCCAAGGGUGGUCACUUCUGCUACUUCGGUUAUUUGGAAGGGCCUGUGGUUGAUUAUUUUAUAUGGGCUACCUGGUCAACUGAAAUUGAAAAUGCUGUUCAAACUUCCUAUAAUCAGCUGGCCUAUGCUCGCUCCAUCAAGAUUGGAGUUAUAAUUAAUGGAAUGGGCAAAAUAUAAAGCCCUCCCCUGGGUUGUCUGACAAUUUUAUAAGCCUCCCCCCCGGUGUUUUUGACUUUAAUAAAAACCUCCCUUUGU